CCAGCCUUCUAUAAAUGCCCGUAUAUAUAGGAGCCUUAUGCCUCUCACUGCACAGCCAGCCUACCCUAGUUGAAGAUGAAGAAGCUCUUCUUUCCAGCUCUGCUGCUGCUUGCUCUUCUGCUCUUCUCCUCCUUCUUCGAACCCACCAUGGCCAAGUCAUUGUUUUGUGCAUCCAAGUGCAAGGCAAGGUGCAGGAAGGCUGGGCAGAAAGAGAGGUGCUUGAAGUACUGCGGGAUAUGCUGCGCGCAGUGCAAGUGCGUGCCGUCUGGCACUUACGGCAACAAGCACCAGUGCCCUUGCUACCGCGACAUGCGAAAUUCCAAGGGCAAGCCCAAGUGCCCCUAAUUUAAUUUCUUCUUUCUUUAUUAAUUUAUUACCAAUUAAUUAAUGUAUGUUCUCGUGGGUAAUUAGUGUGUGUGUGUGGAGAGAGAGAGAGAGAGAGAGAUUUCAAGUGUUUUUUGAAUAAGAAACAGAUUUGGCUGUGGAGAGAGAGAGAGAGAGAGAGAUUUCAAGUGUUUUUAAAUAAGAAUAGAUUCGUGUAUGGCUUGCUUUGUGCUGCCAUAUACGCUGUGGAUCAUAUCCUAUGUUCAUUGGAUUUCCAUAUUAAUUGUUAAGAUAUAUUAUGCAUGUAUAAAAUGUCUUUUAAUUUCUUUU